UACAUACCGUAAAACGGGGUGACUUUGACCUCACGGGUUGACUUUGGCCCCAUUUUGAGAAUUUGUUUAAAACCCACCCAAAUCUACUUUUAUUUGAUAUUUCCCAUUUUAUUUUGUUUUGAUACUGUAGUUAAUAACAGCAGCAAUAAUUAUACAACAAAAAAUCUUGUCACUUUAUGAAAAAUAUUUGGGAAAAAAAACUUUUUCAUUUGGAGGGUCAGAAAUAAAAAAAUUGAAAAAAAAAUCGCAACUCAGUACUUUUAUUGAGAAGUCCAAAAAAGAAACAUUCAAUUGUCCUUAUUCUUUACAGGUUGGAAGAGAUAUUCUCUGUGAAGGUUUUUAUGGUGUUUGGAACAAGUUUAAACUAGUUGGGGGCGUAUGAGGGAGGUUUUUUGCCCACAAUGCAAAAUUCCAUGUAAUAUGGUACUGACUUUGGCCCACCUUAUUACCCUAUACAAACCUACUUUUUUGUUUUAUUUUUCAGAAAUAAAACGAAUUUAUUUUCUCAUUCUAGUCAUCCAGUUAAUCUAUAAAUGUAAACAGUUUAUUUCAAAUCAUGGUGAGAAAAUUCAGUCGUGUUUUGGGCAGUAGAAGAUACCAUGAUUAUAGUGAGAAAAAACUUCAGCGAGCUCUGGAAGCAAUUAAAAGGGGAGAAUCGCAAAGAAACGUUGCAGCACAGUUCAAUAUACCUAGGAGUACUUUGAAGAAUAAGUUGAAACUGAGGCACAUGAAAAAAUUUGGUGGGCAAACAGUUUUAUUUGCAGAAACUGAGAAAAUUCUAGUGGAGCACUGCAUAGCCGUAAGCAGUUUUGGUUUUCCGAUAGCACAGGAAGAUUUGAGAAGCAUAGUUAAAGCUUAUCUUGAUGCAAAAGGAGUGACUGUCAGUAAAUUUCACAGCAAUUAUCCUGGAGUUGAAUGGGUGAAAGCAUUCUUAAAAAGGCACUCAGAACUAACGGUGCGAUUCGCAACGAAUAUAAAAAAGAAAAGGGCAGGGGUAUCGAGUGAGACUAUUGAAAAAUAUUUUGAAAACAUCGAAGAAGAGUUGGAUGAUGUGCCCCCGGAAAAUAUUUGGAAUUAUGAUGAAACAAACUUAACUGAUGACCCAGGGCAAAAGAAGAUAAUAUGCAAGCGCGGCUGCAAAUACCCAGAAAGAAUCCUGAAUUCGACAAAAUCUGCAAUAAGUUUGAUGUUCUGUGGGAAUGCAGCAGGAGCAGUGAUGCCACCGUAUGUAGUGUACAAAGCCGAGAAUCUGUGGAGCACUUGGGUUGAAGGAGGACCACCAGGGACACUAUACAACAGAUCAAGAUCAGGCUGGUUUGAUGGAUUUAGUUUUCAAGAUUGGUUUAAUCGAAUGGUGCUGCCUAGGCUGAAGCGUCAAAAUGGGAAAAAAGUUCUCAUUGGGGAUAAUUUAUCCUCCCAUAUCAGUCCAGAUGUUCUGAAAUCAUGUCUUGAUCACAAUAUAGCUUUCAUAUGUGGCCAAAGCCCACUGUAAUAAAUGUUUUCUUUGUCUCAGUAUGGGUACAGCUUAAUUUAUGGGGAGAAAUAGGCACUGGGCCAAAGUGGUACCGAAAUUGCUGGUGACUUUGGCCCACCGUAAAUUAAAAAAAAUAAUAUAGAAAAAACAAAUAUUUUGGUUCAAUGAUUAUGCACGACGUAUACCCCCUCUAAAAUGCAUAGUUUGGACCCGGAAUAGCAAUUCAUAGAUUUUUAAUAUUCGAGAUAUUUUGACUGAAAGACCAAAAAUGGGUCAUAGUCACCCCGCUUUACG